UGCCACCCUUCCUGUCCACUGUCCAUUUCUUCCACGACCGCCCGCCUUUUCCCACCCUCUGGCCCUCUCUCGUUCUCUCAUUCUCCUAUUCUGGCUUCUUUUUCUGCUGCCUUGCCGCGACGCCCGGAAUCCCCAUUGCCGCAGUUCCGCUCCAGCACCACUCCGACACACCUGGUUUCUCGAUCAUUCAAUCGUCGUCAGCUUGAAUUAGGUUCUCUUGGGGCGGGGGAUUCAACUCUGCUUCGCAGCAACCAUUAGACGCGCGCACGCACCAAACUUUCCACAAUGGCGGGGAGACCAAGCAACAGAGGACCCGGCGGCGGCCAGCCACCAGUCCCGCCAGCAGCCCAGCGUCAAAACGAAUACUUUGUGCCCCGUGAUGGCAUCGAUCGCGAGGUUAUCACAUCAGACAUCUGCAGAUACCUGGGAAACGAUGCGUUGGUGCGCCCUGGCACCUACGAGUCCCCAGAUGGACGUGUCACCCAAGGUUAUUUCAUCACGGCAUACCGAAAUUUGACGUCGGCCAUGAUUCACGAUCUCAAGGCCGACUCCGCUCGGUGGGAGCAGGAACGGCGCGCAGCGUCCAGGUCUUCGGGCGGCGGCGCUGGAGGCGCUCGCGAGCAGACCCGCGGGCAAUCUGACUACAGCGCGUGGAAGAACCGCCAACGGGAACAGGAGUACGAAGCCUCGUACGGCGCCACUGCCAUGGAUAUUGACUACCAGCCGGCUCCUCCGCCGCCCAAGAACCCGGGCUACGGUGGCCAGCCGUACCCCGGACCUCCCCCUCCUGCCGGAUACCCCCAGGGUGCUUACCCACCACAGGUUCAUCCCGCUGCCGCUCCCCAGUAUCAAACUCAGCCCUACGGAGGAUAUCCGCCCAAUGUUCCGCCAACUCAGUAUUCCCCCGGACCUCAGGGAGGUGACAGAUACGCCGGGAUGGUUCCUCCUCCGCCGAUCCAAGGACAAUUCGCCCAGGAUGCUGCCUUCAUCCACGGAUCCAACUACCAGACUGCCCCUGGAUAUGCCAAUGCACCGAGGAUGCCGGCUAUGCCAUUGGCCCCUUCAUCCGCCCCCCCUUCGAGGGCUUUCAGCACGCCAACAUCAGGUCCUCCGUUUGGCUCGGAAGCAGACCCAUAUGGCUACCCGCCUCCUGCUGGGAUUCCGGCCAGCCAGGCCUUCCCAGCCGACCCUCUUUAUGGCCGCGGUUCCCCUGCAGGUACAGCGCAACGGCAAGGCUACCCGGCCGCCCCGGACCAGCCGCCAUAUGAGGAUCACAACAGCCCGGUACUUCCCAACACCACCAUUCCUCCAACCAGCUCGACACCCACGAGUGCCGGACCGUCCAGUGGCAGACGCGACCGCGAUUCAGAACCGAGAGACCGAGAGCGUGAUCAUCGAGAGCACAGAGCUCGCCGUUCCGAGACCGAACGCGAUGACAGGCACGGAGACCGGAACAGGCAUCACCGUCGCUAA